AUGCGGAUCGGGAGUAAUUCCCAGGGCCCUCACCCAGCCUCCAUCGAGCGUCCAGUCCAGCAUCCUGAGUGGGACAAACCCAGUCCCGGAGGCUACGUCGUCUCCAAUCACAUGAUAAACGAACCUCCUCCCAACAAGCCGUUCCGCAUCAUCGUCAUGGGCGCCGGCGCCGCCGGCAUCGACUUUCUCCACUUCGCCCCGAGCGCAUUUGCCGGUCUCGGCGUCGAAUACGUGUGUUACGACAAGAACUUAGACGUCGGCGGAACUUGGUACGAGAAUCGCUAUCCCGGUUGCGCGUGCGAUGUACCCAGCGUGGGCUACACAUUUCCCUGGAAGGCGAACCCGCGCUGGACGAGCUUCUACUCAACCUCUCAGGAGAUCUGGGCGUACAUGAAGGAGAUUGUCGAAGAAGAGGGCAUGAUGAAGCAUAUCCAGCUCCGUACGGAGAUCAAAUCUGCGAUAUGGGAUGAAGAUAAAAGCAAAUGGGUCGUCAAGCUCAGCAAGAGCGGUACUGAUGCUAGCCCGACGGAAUCAUUCAAAGGGGUAAUCCACCACACCGCUGCCUACCCCGAGGGCUUGGACCUCAAGGGUAAGCGCGUUGCGGUCAUAGGAUCUGGGAGCUCCGGUGUCCAGGUCGUAGCCUCAAUCUACCCCGAAGUAUCGAAGCUCUACACUUGGGUUCGAAGCCCAACAUGGAUCACGGCGGCAUUUGGCCAGCAGUUUGCCGGCGAAAAUGGUCGGAAUUUCGACUAUACCGAGAGUCAAAAAGAUGCUUUUGCUAGAGAUCCCAAAAUGUACCAUCGGUACAAGAAAAUGAUUGAAACUGAGCUAAACAAGAGGUUUCGACUCGUCCUCCGAAACACGAGGGAAUCCGACGAGGCGAACGCGUUCGCAUAUAAAGAAAUGGCCACAAAAUUGAGCCCAAAGACAGACCUCAUAGAUGUUAUUAUCCCCAAGGACUUUAACGUCGCCUGCCGCCGCCCGACACCGGGGAACGGGUACCUGGAGGCGCUUGCAGGAGAUAAAACCGAAGUUUUUACGCAGUCAAUUGGCGGCAUCACAGAGAAGGGCGUGAUAGACUCGGCCACGGAACAAGAAUACGAAGUCGACGUGAUUAUUUGCGCCACCGGCUUCGAUACGUCAUACCGCCCUCGUUUCCCGAUUGUAGGUUUGGACCCCAAAGUGCCGCUCUCGGUGAAGUGGGCAGACCAUCCCUCGAGCUAUCUCGGUGUCGGGGUGGACGGCUUUCCCAACUACGUGACCUAUUCCGGUCCCUCUAUCCCAGUAGCCCAGGGCUCCGUCUUGCCCAUCAUCUCGCUUUUGACCAAGCAUUUUGUGGAACUCAUCCAAAAGAUGCGAAGUCAGCACAUCCGCCGUCUCAGUCCAAAAGCCUCCGCAGUCCGCGACUUUACGGAGCACAGCAACACGUUUAUGCCUCGGACGUGCUGGGCGGAUCCGUGCACCAGCUGGUUCAAGCAAGGUACCAAGGACGGGCCCAUCAUUAUGUGGCCGGGGACGAGGCUGGCUUAUUUUGACGUGAUGAAGCAUCCCAAUUUCGAGGAUUACGAUAUCGAGUAUUGGAGUGGGAAUCGCUUUGGCUUUCUAGGGACUGGCUUUGUAGACUACGAAUUUACUGGCUCGGAGGACAAUGCGUGGUAUCUGGAUACCCUUUCGGACCAUAAGGAAUGGGAGAAAGGUGUUGCAUGUGGCCACGACGAGGAUGAGCUCAAGCUUGUCAACAAGGGACAAGUUCCCGCAUCUGCUGCGUCGUUCCUGCGCAACGGCACAACAUAA